AUGUCUCCAAACAUGAUUUCUUCCAACAAGGUUCAUAAAUUGCGAGAAUUGAUGCAAAAGUACUCCAUUCAUGGAUACAUUGUUCCAUCGGGUGAUGCCCAUUUGAGUGAGUACAUUUCCGAUGCCGAUAAGAGAAGAGAAUUCAUCUCGGGUUUUGAUGGAUCGGCUGGUACUGCAGUUGUAACUAUGGAAGAGGCUUCUCUCUUUACGGACGGCAGAUACUGGUUACAGGCACAACAACAGUUGGAUCCUGCGAUUUGGAAAUUGAUGAAACUUGGAAUUGAUCCUCCAUUGAGCAAGUAUAUUACAUCCUUUGCUGAUAUAAAGAGAACCACCACAUUCGGAGUUGACCCAUUCUUAUUUUCUGUCAACGAGUUUUUGGAGCUAAGGAAAGCUGCAUCAGAAAGUGAAAAAGGCCAAGUUGAAAUUAAGCCAAUUCUCGAAAAUUUGUUGGAAGAAAAGUACACGGGACGAUCUGUUGCUGACAAGCUCAAAUUUGUGAGAACAAAGAUGGAAGAACUUGGUGGAGCAUGCUACGUUUUGACAGCUUUGGAUGAAAUUGCUUGGAUUCUCAAUUUACGAGGAUCUGACAUUGACUACAAUACUGUAUUCAUCAGCUACAUGAUUGUUACCUCGCAAGAUGCAUAUCUCUAUGUGGAUGAAAGCAAGUUUGAAUCUCCAAAUAUCAAAAAUGAACUUUCUGAAAACAAUAUUCACGUUAAGCCAUACUUACAGUAUAUGGAAGAUUUGAAAACUAUUACUGAAAAGGUUCAAAAUGAGAACAGUUGCCUUAUUGAUCCAAGAACAUGCAAUUUUGCCACAUUCGAGGCCAUUCGUUGCAAAGUUAAAAAGAUUCAUAGUAUUAUCACUGCAGAAAAGGCCAUUAAGAAUGCAGUAGAAAGAGAAGGUUUCAAAUCUUGUCACAUUCGUGAUGGUGCAGCUAUUGUUAAAUAUCUGGCAUGGCUCGAAAAUGAGUUGGAGAAUGGCAGAAAAGUCAACGAAUAUGACGGUGCAUUGGCUUUAGAGAAAUUCAGAAAAGAGAAUACAGAUUUUCUCAGAUUGAGCUUUUCUACCAUUAGUGCAUAUGGCAAGAGCGCCUCUGUCGUUCACUAUUCACCACCCGAGACAAAUAGUGAGGAGAUUUCUACUGAUAAUUUAUACUUGUUGGAUAGUGGUGCCCAUUACAAAGAUGGAACUACCGAUACCACAAGAACCGUGCAUUUUGGAACACCAAGUGACUAUCAAAAGAGAUGUUUCACUCGAGUGUUACAGGGACACAUUGCUCUGGAUCGUCUCGUGUUUCCAGAAGGACCACAUGGCAUUGGAUACAGAUCUUUGAUUUUAAAUGAAUUUGGUAUGAAAGAGAAUUGCAUUGUGACUAACGAGCCAGGUUAUUACGAGCCUGGUAAAUUUGGUAUUAGAAUUGAAAAUAUUUUGUUAACCAAAGGAGUUGACACCAUGUCCAAUUUCAACGACAAGAAAUAUCUCGGUUUCGAGUCGGUAACUCGUUGUCCCAUCCAACCAAAUCUUGUUGACACUAAUCUUCUGGCAAGAGACGAAAUUGAAUGGAUCAAUAACUACAAUGGUUUGGUUCGUGAAGCCCUUGCUCCACUCUUACAAAAUAACGAUCUUGCUUUGAAAUAUUUAUUGAAACAUACCGAACCCAUUUCCUUGUAG